AGAAAAAAAGCCAUUUUGUGGCGCUACUAUCGAACGCAGUGGAAACACUCUUUCUAGUGCGGAUUUUCCUCAGCCGAAACGGGAGCGUGUCCUGGAGAAUCAGGUAAAGGUUACAAGAUAGAGGGUUCGUAAUAAUAGCUGAAAUGUGGGCAAAUGCAGGAACGGAAAACGUGGCAAAUGGCUUAAGAUCCGCCAAGCUGGAUAAAAUGCAUGGAACCACCCGGAUUAAAAUCACGGAGUUGAACCCACAUCUCAUGUGUGCCCUGUGCGGAGGAUACUUCAUCGAUGCCACGACCAUCGUGGAGUGUCUGCACUCAUUUUGUAAAACAUGCAUCGUUGGUUACUUGGAGACUAACAAAUACUGCCCAAUGUGCGACGUUCAAGUGCACAAAACAAGACCGCUUCACAGUAUCAGAUCUGAUAAAACCUUGCAAGACAUAGUCUACAAGCUUGUCCCGGGGCUUUUCAAAGAUGAGAUGAAGAGGAGGCGAGACUUCUAUGCAGCUAAUCCCACAGCGGAUGCUGCCAACAGUUCGAAUGAAGACCGAGGGGAGGUCAGGGAGGAGGAGAAGAGAAUCAUCACAGAUGACGAGAUCAUCAGCCUGUCCAUUGAGUUUCAUGAAGGCAACACAAAUGAAAAGAAGGUUGUGAAGGAAACACAAGAGGCAGUAAAAGAAAAGGUGAAUAGCAAGCGGUUUCUUCGGUGCCCGGCUGCCAUGACUGUGAUGCAUCUCUCCAAGUUCCUGCGCAGCAAAAUGGAUAUUCCCAGCAAUUACAGAAUCGAGGUGUUAUACGAGGACGAGCCUUUGAAAGACUACUACACACUUAUGGACAUUGCAUACAUUUACACAUGGAGACGGAACGGCCCUCUUCCUCUCAAGUACACAGUGCAGCCCACCUGCAAGAGGAUAAAGCUGUCCCAGCAGCAAGCGGCCAGCAACUCCGACGGCAUGAACACCAGCGGCAACUCGGAGAGCGACUCCGUCAGCGACAAAGCCAACAGCCCCGCCACCGUGCCCUCCACCUCCUCCCCUCUGCCCAGCCCUGGGGCGCACAGCAACCGGACCUCCCCCAGCCCCUCCGGAGCCGCCUCCACACCCCCCACCAGCAGCUCCGCCCCCCCCACGCUCCUCAACGGCACCUCCAGCUGCCGGCAGCUCUCUCCCUCGGCGGGGCGCGUCCGCAAAGUGACUGUCAAUGGAGCAGGAGCGGGAACAGGAACGGCAUCACCCCUGACCUAAAACUCAUCAUCGGCAUUCAACGACAACCAGCCACAAAGAGAGGACUGAGGGACGGGACCCUGUAUAUUGUUCUAGUUAUUUUAUAUUCUUCAGUCGCCCCCACUUCUUUUCAUUCUGCGCCUUUCAUUUAACAGGACUGCGGUAGAGCUAUAGAGAGAUGAAAAAAUCUGCUGCUUUUUGUUUUUUGAAACUUUUCUUGGUAGAAGGGUUUAAAAUGCUUACUGCUACAGUUCCAGUUCAGCCUAGUUUCAUUACAGUUCAGCUUCCCCCUGCUUCCCCCACACUUUUCUUUGAUUUUGUUUUUGUUGGAACAAUUAGGAGAUUUCCUAGUGCCCCUAUCUCAAUUCCUGGUGGAUGGAAAUUGAGCUAUUGAGGAAACUAUGCAACUCUUCACGUGACCGGAAUAUACAUCACAGUAUGUAGAAGGCUGAAACCCAUGUGGAGAAAGAUGGACCAUUUAUUAUGGGUUUUUUUUAUUAUUUUUUUUAAACUGCAUCCUUUAUAUUUGUUGCCCAUGUGCAGUAGCAGCAAUACCAGGGUAAUAUACCUUUGGAAAUAUAUUGCAUGAAUCCAGCUCACAUCAAAAAAACACAUUCUCUUCUGUUUGUGAAUAGUAUUCAGAUUGGCAAUACUCCUGGAAUAUAAUACUUUUAAAGUCAAGGUUGUUGUUUGGUUAAUGGGAAGCACAAAACAAAAACAUAUAUAUAUUCUUGCUGUCAGAGUGGGCAGAUGCUUCGUUGCUUAUAAGUUGAGGCUCACAGUGUGUUUUUAAGGCUCGGUUCUUUCUUUAUUUUGUUGUUUGCUCCUUGUGUUUUAGUUUCUUGGCUUCACACGCAGGGUUCCAGUUUGUACUGGGACUGAACCUUGUCUUCGGGGGAGCGUUUCUCCACUGCACCCAAGGCAGACCUUGCUUUGCUCUCGGCUGGAAACCACAACAUUUUAAAUGGAACCGAUUUUUAUAGAAUUGUCCCUAUCGUUAAGUGCGUGUCUACCCCCCCCCCCCAUUGAAACACUAUGGAGCAGUUUCAUAUUUAUACAUUUCUUCCUGGGGUACUUCAUGUGCCUUUUUAAAAACAAAAGGACCAUCGAUUGUUUAAUGGCUCAGCAUGAAAUGGUUCUCAAAACAGAUAAAAUCAGAUUUAACUUAUCCAAUUGAAAAAUGCAGCGUGCGUGCCUCCCCCCGCCCCCCUCUGAAAUGGGUAGGAGAGAACUGAGAGCUGGUGCCAUCACACAUUGGCACGUUGCUGUGUCCCAUAGUCUGUAGCAGACAUUAUAGCUUUUUUUCUUGUUGCCAUUUAUUCCCUGGAAGAUGUUUUUACUUACAAAAAUAAAAAUAAAUAAACGGGCAGGCACCAAAACCCAAUCCCAAACAAAGUUUUAAAGUAUUUUUGUAAUCGCGUCAUCGUGCCAGUUUACAAAAAAAUAUCAGACUUCUUAUUCUAGGACAUUUGCCUUUACAAGAUUAGCUUGGAACAGUAAAUAAAGUGUGUUUGUUUUGCUUGGGGAGGAUAGCAGUGUUCAGCUGUGUAUAGCGUUCUGAAGACGUUGCAAUGAAAAGUCGUAAAUUCCUGGUGUUGAUGGCUGUAUUGUACCGUAUCAGACAGCCGUUCACUUGCAUAUUUCAGCAUCGUUUUGCUGUGGCUUUUAUUACUUUCGAUCACAGUUUCAAAAUUGUGCAAAUUAAAUCAAAAUGUAUUUGCUAGAUGCUUUCAGUGAUCAAAUUCCUCAACCAGUCACACUAAAAAUGUGCAGGCGAAUAACCUGUUUGAAAAGACUGCUGCUUAUUGUUUUUUUUACACAAGUACAAACUGUACAAAAGAAAAAGGUACAACAAAAUGUGUGUUGCUGCAUCCUGUAUGAUGUUAAAUGUAGUGUAUAAUAUAUUCUGUUUAGCUUAUAUUCAUUAUUGUAAAAAAGAAGUAUACUACUGCUUUGUAAAUGUAAUAAAACGAGGAUGUUUUUUCUUGUGAGAAAGUAUGAAAUGCUUUUUUUUGUAUGCCUAAAAUAAAAACAUGUUUUUUUUUUUCUUCUAUGCUUCAACCUGUAGAUUCUCUAAUGCUACAAAAAAACACACAAGC